AUGGCUACCACCAUCACACUACCAUACUAUGCCCGUGACAUCCCCUGCCCGCUACCCACAACUUCAGAGAUCGAUGCAGCACCCGACAUAUCCUUGGAGUAUGGAGGCCGAAGAAUCGUUGAGAUCGGAGACCAUCUGGUAGCGAAGUUCGGAAAAGGCGUGGACCUUAUCGAAGGAGAGAACAUGUUAUUUGUCCAAGAAAACACCAGCAUACGAGUCCCUCGAGUGUAUGCACUUUACUCGGACCCAUCGACGGGCAAAAAUUACAUUGUGGCCCCCAAGAAUAAAACAGUUAUACUGCUCUGCGCGAUCUCGGAUCCUCCGCCCUUCGUUGUCAACGACAGAAUGUGCACGGCAGCUAACAGUCGCCUCGCACGAAAAUCUUUUCCGCUACACUUCCGGAAGAUGGCUAACGCUUCUAAACUCGAUGUGCUUGCGCUUCAAAACAUCAUUUCCAGUGCAUCUGGUCAUUCAAUAUCCAAACUCCAGUCAAUCACUAAGUUAACAGAAGGCGGAUACAACCGUGUGUUUGAGGCUACCUUUAGCGAUGGUAAAAGUGUUCUCGCGAGACUACCCUAUCCAAGUACAGUGCCAGAGCAUUACACGGUAGCGAGCGAAACAGCGACUCUGGACUACCUUCGCCUACAUGAACUUCGCACACCAGAGAAGUUGGAUGGUACUCCUCUCGGCGAUAAAUGGUUUUCAUUGACCCCACAGGAGCAAUAUAAAAUUAUGACACAAAUAGUUGAAUGGGAGACGCGUUUGAUGUCAUUGGAGUUUCCUGCCUCUAGGAGCCUCUACUAUUCGAAGGAUCUUCCAUCUGAAAAGAGAACAAAGCUAGACGAUCCGAGCAGCAUGGCAUUCUGCAUAGGGCCAAUAGCCCAUUAUAGUUGGUGGCAUGGUGAGAGAGGCAUUAUGGAUAUUGACCGCGGACCCUGGCCAUCAUCAGUCGACAUCUUCCGAGCAGUUGGCGAACGUGAACUAACCUGGGCCAAAGCCUAUGCGAUGCCUCGCUUGCCCUAUGAGCGGCUUUAUAGGGAGGUUUACCAAUUCAAGCGCGUCUCGCCGGAUACCCACGUUACAGAUCUUCCAAACAAUAUCCUCGUGUCUGACACGAAUGGAAUAACUGGACUCAUAGACUGGCAGCAUUGCGCGAUUCUCCCUCUCGGUAUUGUUUCUGGGAUUCCAGCUCACUUCCAGAACUAUGGCGAUCCAGAGUCAGAAAUGCUCAAACAAUCUCAGCUUAAUCUGCCCUCUGAUUACGAUUCCAUGACACCGUCCAAGCAGAAUUCAGUUAAGGAAAUUUAUCGCAGAAGAUUGAUUCAUUUCCUCUACGCCGCCCUGACUAAAAGGCUAAAUCAAGAUCAUUACGAUGCUAUCUUCGACCAGUCAGUUAUACUCCGCCAAGGCCUUCUCCAGAGUGCCGGUAGACCCUGGGAGGGAGACUCAGUAUCACUGCGUGCUGAGCUCAUUCGCUCGAUAUUGAAUUGGUCGGCGAUCGUCCAGAUUAAUAAAGUUGCUCCGCCGGUGGACUAUCCAGAAGAUGUUGUCCGGGAGACUGUUGACUUGAAUGCGCAGCAGAGAGAGGCCUAUGUGGCAAUGAAACAGAUGCGACAUGCUUUAGUUGUCGAUAUCAUGGGAUGGGUACCGAAUGAAGAUUAUGAGGCUGCCAGAAGACUCGCAUCUGAGAUAAAGAGUAGAAUGCUUGAAGCGGCAGAGACUCCUGCUGAGCAUGAUUCGGCGGCAGCUCAGAUACUAAAUGCAUAUGUUGGCCAAGACGUAUGGAAUCUGAAUGUAGCAAUAAGACUAGACGAUUAUCGACCCAAAACUGUCAAAGCUCAAUAA